AAAAUGAUCCUCACAAAUUGCGCCGCCUGUGCCGCCCCACUGGCCCACGACGCGCCGCGAUGCGUUAGAUGCCAGACGAGAUACUGCAACAAAACUUGCCAGCAUGACCACUGGCGCCGCGGUCACAAGCAGAUGUGCAAGAAAAUACACCGCGGGGGCAACGCGGAACAGUAUAAUGCAGACAAAAAAUACAAGGAGGCGGUCGCGGUCGCGGUCGAGGCGUGCGCCGACGACACGAAGGGCCAGACGUGCUACAUCUGCACGCAGGCCCUCCACUGGAAAACGAAGGAGGGCCUCGUGCGCAUGUGUGCGUGCCGCGGGACGGCGGGCUUCGCGCACGUGUCGUGCUUGGCGGAGCAGGCGAAGAUUUUGAUGGACGAGGUCAAGGAGAACAAUUUGGGCCCCGAGGCGUUGCAGGCGAGGUGGGUGCGAUGGCACACGUGUAGCCUCUGCGAGCAACAAUACCACGGUGUCGUAAAGUGCGCGCUCGGGUGGGCGUGUUGGAGGUGGAUUUACGCGAUGGCGCUCUACAUGGACACCGGCGCCACGCCUGGCGAUCUCCGCGAGGCCGUGACGACGCUCGAGGAUCUGGUACCGAUCGCACGGCGCGUGUUUGGCGGCGCGCACCCGUUAACGGUGAGUAUUGCGGGUUGCUUGCGAAACCGAGAAUCAGUCCGCGGCCGCAUAAAGCCCUUGCCGUCGCCGAGGUAGCUGCUCUAGGUCGUAAUUACCAUAAUAAGACUUA